GGGCCGACAUUGCGUGACCUGCGGAGUCUUAGAUUUUCCCUCAAGUCGCGGGCGUCCUUUUGGAGCCUCUGUUGAGCGUCUUCCUCGCUCCCCGCCUCUCUCUCGGGCGACAAAGAACCGUUCUCCUCGGCCAUACUAGUUAUACCACUCCCGUGUACUCGCGUGCGCACGCGAAUGUUCGCAAAGGGUUAAAUUUCCACAAUAACCCUUUGUGUACUCACCGAAAUUUACACGUGCUUCGUGGCGAACAACAGGAGACGACGACGCAGCAGGAAUGUUGAAGGUUCUAGCGUUCUGUCUGGUGGUGGGGCUGUGUUUACCGCUGGGCCACGGCGGAGCGAACCUCAUAGCCUCCAAGACCAUCCUCAACGAACACAUGGUGGAGGGGAAAGACCUCACCAUCAAGUACUCUAUUUACAAUGUGGGAACAAGUGCGGCAGUCAAUGUGCUACUGGAGGACAGUUCAUUUCCAGAGGAGCACUUUGUGAUAGAGCAAGGCUUACUGACCACCACAUGGGACCGAAUACAAUCGUAUCCUCACUUCCUCUCUCUAUCCCUUCCUCCCAUCUCCAUGUCUUAUCUCCCUGUGUGUUUGUCAACCUGUUGUGUUCAUGUGGCCGGUGAUGUUCACAAGUUUUCCCGUGUCUGAAAUUCAACUGUUGAUAACUUGCCUUUCCAUCUGAGGCCGCAUAGAACUAGCACUGUAAACAAACACUCAACAAUGCGUCUGUCGGUUGUCUGUCUUUGUUGUUGUAAGUUCCCUGACGAGCUGCUGUCGCAUCCAGAUCCAGCAAUGUGUCUCACGUGGUGGUGGUCCUCCCGAGAGAGGCCGGGGCCUACAACAUCUCCUGGGCCAGACUCACAUACACAUCCGACGAAUCCAAGGGAAUGGUGAGCUCUAUUUAGAACGUUUCUCCGAAUUUGCCAACUCUUCCUCUGUGCAUUUUUGUUUUUGCUGUUGUUCAGACUGGCUUUACAAGUGCUCC